AAGAAGCAUCUAUAUAGACGGUUCAAAUAUGCAAUAGACUUAGUAGAUUGGCAAAAUUACGUACCUAAUACGUACGUAGUAAUAUAUAAUUUAAUAAAUCCCUUUCUUUGGUUUUGGCUCAUAAGUUCCAUUGUUACAUUAUACAUUGUGGUAGUUGAAGUUCCCAUGCUUUGGCCUAAUUAUACAUGAUACUAUAUAGUAGUUGAGUUGAAGCUUUAUACUUUUCUUAUUUCUUUUCUCUAUAUUUUGCUAGAUAUUAUUGUGAGUGUUUUAUUUCCAAUUUAUAUUUCUCCUCCAACAUUCCAUGUGCAUAAAAUUUUCAACCCUUUAUCUUGCUGCUUUUCUGGCUGGAAUAAAAGAAUCUAUCUUUUAUUUAUCUCUAGAGAGAGAGAGAGAGAGAGAGAAAGAGAGGGCCUAUUGUUUGUUCUAAUCAUGUAAGGUUCUUCUGGCAUUGCAUGUGCAGCAAUCAACUCCCCCCACUUCAUUUUUUUUUUGUUGCACUUCUUAGCCUCUCUUUUAAACUACGCUUCAUCACUUUAUGUGUAUAUAUAUAUGCCUUUCAUUUAUCAAUAGUCUUAAAUCUUAGUCAUCAUCAUAUAAGUAUAAACAAAACAUAAUCCACAGCAGAGCCACAAUGAGCAGAACUGUACCUUGCAGCCGAUCCUGGUCGAUUAGUGAAGACUCGCUUAAAAGGUACGUGCAGUUUGCGAGUGAAAGCUGCAUACAGGAGUUAUUAGCGGCUUCAGACACAAACAGAUCAGGAAACUCAAACAAUGAUGGAUGGAAAGUGCUCACUCUUGACAAUGGUGUUGAGAUAUCAAAAAGAAGGUCGGGUUCACUUCACACUUUUCGCAGCCGUUGGGUGCUUAGAUCUGUCUCUCCACAACAGUUCAUCACUGUGGCUAAUGCAAUUGAUGCUGCAAAGCAAUGGGACUCUGAUUUGGUGGAAGCAAGGUACAUCAAAGAAAUUGAAGACAACCUCAGCAUAAUUCGUCUUAGGUUUGGAGAUAAUUCAAAGCCUCUUUUCAGGAAUAGAGAAUUCAUUGUCUACGAGCGCCGUCAAACCAUGGAAGAUGGCACUGUGGUUGUAGCAGUUGCUUCACUGCCAAAGGAAAUAGCUGCUGGGUUACAUCCAAAGCAAAAUAAUUCAAUCAGAGGACUAUUGUUACAAUCAGGUUGGGUAGUUGAGAAGCUUGAAGAUAAUUCAUGUGCCGUUACUUAUGUUGUUCAGUUAGAUCCUGCAGGGUGGCUUCCCAAGUGUUUUGUCAAUAAAUUCAACACAAAACUGGUUAUGAUCAUUGAAAACCUUAGAAAAUUAGCCCAAGCAUGUCCAAUUGAUGCUCAAAUUUGACCACUUUGUAACGUUGCAAGGAGAGAAAAUGCCAGUUGAUAUUAUUUACUUACUUUACUAUCAUCAUCUUAGAUUAUUAUAGAUAAUACUAUAAAUAAAUAGAAUCAAUUGAGCCAAAUGCCAAUUUUAGCAUUGUAAUACAAAUGAAGCUGAAAGUUUUUGGUUUCUGUUUCUUCAAUUUUAGCAUUGCUAUGCUAUAUAUCAAAUGCUUUAAAUGUUCAGCAA